AAAUCGCACACAGAAAUUCAGGCCAUGCAAGAAAAUCAAGAUCAAAUUAACAACCAUUGUUCGUUGUGGCAGUAGCAAAACAACACCUUUUUGAAACCCGAGGUUCAGAGAGAAAAGAAACAUUUUCCAAAUUAAUGGGGCGUUGGAUGAAACCAGAGGUUUACCCUCUAUUGGCUGCAAUGACCUUUGUUACCGGCAUGUGUGUGUUCCAACUAACAAGAAAUGUGCUCGGGAACCCUGAUGUUAGGAUUAACAAAACUCGGAGAAGCAUGGCAGUGUUGGAGAACAGAGAAGAGGGAGAGAAAUAUGCUGAGCAUGGCCUGAGGAAGUUCCUUCGUACUCGACCACCAGAGAUUAUGCCAACCAUCAACCACUUCUUCAGCGAGGAUAAAUGAAAGAGUGUCACACGUAGUAGAAUACCAAAAUAAUUCAACUUAUGGAAGAAAAAUCAAAGUUUCUAAAUCUGUCAAGCAGCUUGCAUAUGAACUUUGUCAUAUUACGUGUUGUUUGAUGUCUCUUCGCGUCUUGUAAUUGUCGGCAUCAAAAUGAAAAAUAAAAUUUUUGUAUAAUUUUGUUUAUAUAUAAAUCAUUGCUGUUCUUACUUUUAUUA